UUUAGGAUCGAUAGACAGUUCUGCAUAUACGUCAUACUCGAUGAAGAUGAACUCCGCAACCCACGUUCAUUAGCUCUGCUUUCAGCAUUCUGAAAUUUACAAUAGGCUUACAUCCAAUAAUCUACAAGAAAUUGAAAUCGAACCUUGGUGUAAAAGCCUAUGGUUCCGCAAAUUUAGUUUUCUUUAUUAACCAAGAUAGCUUUAACUAUGUGAAAUCUGAAUAUUAGGUUUUAACACAGAUUAUUAUCGUGAUGAGCUCAAUCUGUCUAUAGGGAUGUUUAGCACCAAGUUUACGUUGUAGUGAAUAUUCGGAACCAAGUUUACAUUGUAGGAUUCUCAAAUGUAAACUUGAAGGAAUAAUAGUUCAGUUUAUAGAAUUACUACUGAUUUAAAGCUUUUGAAAAUUGUUAAUCAAAUUUUAUUUAUGUAUAAAUAGGUCCAAAACUUAUUAAUUUGAGAAGAGUAUAUUUUGAAUGAUUUGAGUUUAUAAAAAAGAAUGAAAAAACAGAAUUGGACAGUUAACACUAUCCUGUUACAAGCCACACGAUCCUUUCUUCCUUCCUUAGACGAAGAACUCGCGAGUCACCACCAUGAACCCAACGCAGACGCUUUACCCCUCCGGCGGUAACUCGCCGUCACCUCAUUCAACGCACCCGUCAUCCCUCUUCCCUCAAAUCAACAGAUGCCGAACCAUGCGCGACCUCUCCCAAAUCCACGCCACAUUCGUCAAAUCCGGCCAAAUGCGAGACACUCUCGCCGCCGCGGAGCUCCUCCGCUUCUGCGCCACCACCUCCGAUCUCCUCCACCGCGACCUCGAUUACGCGCACAAGAUCUUCACCCAGAUGCCUCACCGCAACACCUUCUCCUGGAACACUAUUAUCCGAGGCUUCAGCGAGAGCGAAGAGCAAAACGCAAUCAUCGCGAUCGCACUCUUCCACGAGAUGAUGAAAGACUCGGUCGAACCGAACCGGUUUACCUUCCCGUCACUCCUCAAGGCCUGCGCGAAAACCGGGAGGAUCGAAGAAGGCAAGCAGAUCCACGCGCUGGCGUUGAAGCUAGGGCUUAGCGGCGACGAGUUCGUGAUGAGCAAUCUCGUGAGGAUGUAUGUGAUGUGCGGUUUGAUGAGAGACGCGUGCGUGUUGUUUUAUAAAAACAUUAUAGGGAGAGAUAUGGCUGUGAAUAUGAUGGUUGAUGGUGGUAGAAAGAGAGACGGUGAGGUUGUUAUAUGGAAUGUGAUGAUUGACGGUUACAUGAGGCUUGGUGAUUGUAAAGCUGCGCGGACGUUGUUCGAUCAAAUGCGUGUGAGAAGCGUUGUUUCUUGGAACACUAUGAUCUCUGGCUAUUGCAAGAACGGGUGCUUCAAGGAGGCUGUGGAGAUUUUCUGUGAGAUGAGGAGAGUUGAUUUGCGUCUUAGUUAUGUCACUUUGGUUAGUGUUUUGCCUGCGGUUUCUCGGAUAGGGUCGUUGGAGUUGGGAGAGUGGUUGCAUUCUUAUGCGGAGAGUAAUAGAGUGGAGGUUGAUGAUGUGCUUGGCUCUGCUUUGAUUGAUAUGUACUCCAAAUGCGGAGUUGUGGAGAGAGCGGUUGAGGUGUUUGAGAGGUUACCGAGGAAGAAUGUGAUUACUUGGAGUGCUAUGAUUAACGGGUUUGCUAUACACGGCCUAGCGGGUGAUGCUAUUGACUGUUUUUGUAGAAUGAGGGAGGCUGGAGUUAAGCCUAGCGAUGUUGCGUACAUCAAUCUCUUGACGGCUUGUAGCCAUGCUGGGUUGGUAGAAGAAGGGAGAAAGUAUUUUAGUCAGAUGGUGAAUGUGGAUGGUUUAGAUCCUAGGAUUGAACACUACGGGUGUAUGGUUGAUCUAUUGGGACGCUCGGGUCUUCUCGAAGAGGCUGAGCAGUUUAUACACAACAUGCCCGUGAAACCAGAUGACGUGAUAUGGAAAGCUCUUUUGGGUGCUUGCAGAAUGCACGGGAACGUGGAGAUGGGGAAACGUGUGGCUAAUAUUCUGAUGGAUAUGGUUCCUCAGGACAGUGGAGCUUAUGUGGCUCUCUCAAACAUGUACGCUUCUCAAGGAAACUGGUCGGAGGUUUCGGAGAUGAGGCUGAGGAUGAAGGAGAUGGAUAUAAGAAAAGACCCCGGGUGUAGCUGGAUCGAUGUUGAUGGUGUGCUUCAUGAGUUUCUUGUGGAAGAUGAUUCUCACCCGAGAGCCAAAGACAUUAACUCGAAGCUUGCGGAAAUCUCAGAGAAACUGAGACUGGCUGGGUAUAGACCCAUCACUACGCAGGUUUUGCUGAACUUGGAGGAAGAGGAUAAAGAAAACGCGCUUCAUUACCAUAGCGAGAAGAUCGCUGUUGCGUUUGGGUUGAUAAGCACAACACCUGGUAAACCAAUACGCAUUGUUAAGAACCUGCGUAUCUCCAAGUCAGAAUAUACAAAUCAACAAAGCACUCACAAGGGAAACAUUGAAGAAAAUAUGGUUACACAUACAAAAAGUAUUUCAAACUUAGCAUUACAGAGAGUGAGCAAUAGAUCACAACAACAACAAAAACAACGACUUCAUACAAUCAAGAGUGGGUACUUGAUUCUGAGUAAGUUCACCUGAAAACCGAAUAAUAAAAAGUUUAGAUGAGACUUUCACACUAAACUUCAAGGAGGAUAAAUAGCCAACAAAAAUGAACAAUA